UGAAAAACGAAACUACUAUAUAAAUAUAUAGUGUAAACUAUGAUUUAUGAAAAUGUAUUUUUCUGUUUUCUUUCGUAAGUGAUUAGGCAUGUUUGUAUCACAGAAGCCAAAGAAAACUAAUGAAAAACAAUCAGAAAAUUUCAAAAUAAACUGAAAUAUUGUACUGAGAGAGGACCCCCAAAACAGGUCUAAAGUUAAAGAGCAUUGAAGAACCAUAACUCCACAAAGUUGUGUAAGAUACAGCUGAGUCUUUGUUCAACUUGGAAUUACAAUUGCCUACUCGACAAAACAGUCGUAAAUCAAGUAUUAUUUCAGCAAGGAGUGACGAGAAAACAAAUCCAACUUUAAAACAGGCAUUGCAGUUAAAGACAAUCAAAUGAUCUUGACAAUACCAAGAACCAAAUGCACAUCACUGUCUUAGUCAUGCACCUGUGUCUGAUACAAAUUGCGAAGGCAGAAGUUAUGUUAGAACUACCAGAUGGCAUGAUAGAAAUAGGGAAAGAACUAAAAUUAAAAUGCAAAUCUCUCCAAGACGUUCCCCCACAUAAAAGCAGACAGUGGAGAGGUGGUGAAGACAAUAAACUUAUAUGCUAUGACGGUGUAACGAUUGAUUCACAGAAAUACAAGGAAGAAAUAAAAUCUUCAACUGCUUAUGAACUAACUGUUGAAAAUGUAUCGGAAAAUGACUUGCAGUGUCCUUAUGCUUGCCGAAUUGGAUUUGACAUCGAUCAGAAAUUUUUAAAUAUAAACGAAGAGAAUUUUAUUCAUAUGCCAGAUAGAAACGCAACUAAUGUCAUUUACGAACAGCGAUAUGGUAUAUACAGACUCAGUUUUGAACUGCAUAAAGUCUACCCAAAACCAGUUUGUAUGGUGAUCUCAAAUGGAGCUAUACGGAAUUUGACUGUAACAGACGAAGUUAAUUCACGUGUCCUAUUAAAUGUUACAUAUGGAAUUGAAUCUGAUGAACCACUUCAUAAGUGUUUUGAGCCCAUUACAAUUGAAUGUUUAAUAGGGAGAAGGACUCAUACAAUCACCAAAGAGCACACAUUUGGAUGUAAAAUUAAAUCUUCACAGCAGACUGAAGAAACUGGAAUACUUACAUCAAGUGUAGCUAUAUGCCUUGCGUCUGUUAUCAUAUUGCUUAUGCUAAUUGUAUCUAUAGUUUAUUUUUGGAAAAGGUCAAUGAACAGAUGCCGGGAAAUAUAUGGUAAGGUGCGAACGAAUGACAUAGUUCUCUGAAAAACCUUACAGUUAAAAAUGUGCAGUUAGAAGCUACCAUAAAUGAAUGAAUUUAAAAGCAAAUAUGGCAGCUGUUUAACGACACAAAUAAACCAAGUAAAUACUCAUGAAUAUGAAUAGAUAUGAAUUGAAAAAUACUAUGGCUUAAUAUCAAAAUAGCAGCAAUCAAAUUAAAUUUUUUACCAUGUCAUCAACAGUCCUUGGGUGGUCUGAAUUCUCAAGAGUACACCAUACCACAAAUAGUAUACACCAUAUCAUUCACAUUACACCAUCCGUUAAGAAAAUAUAAUAAACCAUCCAUCCUUCUCAAUACAUGUACGUUAUUCAUCAAAAGCUCAAACACAUCAAUCCAUCUUUCCACCUUCAUAUAUUGAUUUUAAUGACAAAUCGCAUACAUUUGCAAUAUAAUCAUUU